AUGAUCAGUAUCAAGAAUGUUUGCUGCUAUCAGUUUGUUCAAGAAGCAAAGCGAGUCGCUGGCCAAGGAAUUAUUCUGCAAUGUCUCAUCGACUCAUGUCCCGGCAGAUAUAUCACUAUCUUAGACUCUUUCGAUCACUCUUACUUAGAACCUGAGGUGGUAUCAAACCUACUCGAUCUGCGCUUGAUCGGUAAGGCGUGGGCAAUCGCGGUGAUUCCGCACGUUUACAGGAGCAUUCGGUUAACAUCGCAUUUCAUGAUCAACACAUUAUCAAGACGCUUAGACGACUCCUUCUUGGUCUCAAACAUGGCGAGGUUCCGUGCAUUAUCAUUUGAUUGCUUAUUAUAUCCUGAUAUUGAUGUGAUUUCAACCCGGGCGAAUCAUUUAAAGCCGACCCUCGGUUCACGACUUGAUCCAAGGAACCAUCUGAUCAACACCAAUUCUUCUUUGAUGCGGCACGUGGCGAACAUCAUCCAGGUAUCUGCACCCACUUUAACUGAUCAAUCAUUCAGGUUCAAGGGAACAGUGGGAUUCAGAUCAGGAAUAAUAGCCGCUGUGCAUCAGGUUCAUAAUCUCGAGGUGUUGAACAUUAUUGGAUUGACUGCAAGUAACAUGUCGGACAACUCAAACUCAUUGAAGAGUUUACUGGAUGCAACAGUCAAUCUACGAUCAAUGUCACUACAGAUAGGCUCAAUGGACCGAUUAGACCUGGCUCGCGGAUCACUAUCUCAGCUUGAACAUCUGGCGGCGUCAUGUAGUCCUGCUAAUUACGAUGCCAUUGUGGGUGUUUGCGAGAACCAAGGUACAAACAUCAAAUGUCUCGAAUACAAACAUAAUUUCCAUAAUCACGAGACUGCUUUAAUGAUUCUGGCGGUUCGACAAUCAGUCGAAGUUCUGUUGACCGACGUUACUCCUGGCUCUAAUCCUAUCAACGUUCACGAUCUGGACUUUCCCAAUCUUCGAAUCAUUCGUCUUACGUGUUCAAACACCAUGGGAAAGGACCUCAAUUGGCUACAUUCAAAGUUCUUUGAACAUAUGCAAGUACUGGUCACUGGGUAUCAUAUUUCCGUUGGUUAUUGGCGCAGGGUGUUGAAAUGCAAGUACAGUACCUCGGUGACAUUACCUGUCAAUUUCAAGCAUAUCGUCUUCCUGACAUACGAUGGCAGAACAAAGGAUCCAGCGAUAGUGAAGUGCUUCAAAGAAUAUAACAUAACAUGCCAUUUCAGUUAUGUAGGUGGUUAUCAUGAGCUGUUGGAUAUAUUGAGGAGCUCUGGUAAUCAGGAUGACUAA